GUGAAUGCGUUAGCAUAUAUAUUAUCAAAUCAUUGUGAGGCUGUCACGUGUCUAUUAUAAUGUGAAUGCAUUUAUUACAAUGCUUCUCUUUUAAUAUAUAAGGGAUAUACUUCUUCCGUUUCAUUAUAAGUGUCAUUUAGAUAUUUUUCACACAUUUUAAAAAAUAAUUAAAAUAUAUUUAUGUUUUCAUUAAACCAAUAAUAUUUGAGAUAAAUAAAUUUAUUUAUUAAAUAAAUGCAUUUUCCAAUUAAUAUUCAGCUUAAAAUAAAUAAAAAUUGCAUUGAACAUCUAAAACAAUACUUUUAUAUAACAAAAAAAAACUAAAGUGACAUUUUCUAAGAAACAGAAGGAGUAUGAAUGUGUCUUAAAAAUAAUAAAAAACAAAAAACAUAAAUACCAAAACUUCAAAAGAAAGCUUCUAACAAUAUAUGUGUAUUGAAAAAACAUUUAUAAAGAAAUCGAGACUAUUAAUUUAAGAAUUAAUUUAAAGGUAACUCAGAACAUCAAGAAAAAAGAUCUUAUAUAUGUGUUUGCGAAAAACAUCAUUAACCAAAUAUGAAAAACGAAAUUGCAUGAAUGUUUAUUUUAAAGUAAGAUUUCUAAAAAAGUCAAAGACUCUGUAGCAUGAAAAUGAAUCAGGUGUAAUUUAAAUUUUCAUAAUAAAUUUACACGUUUUACUUAAUUUAAAUCCAAAAAUAAAUAAAAACCGAGGAGACGCGGAUUCGACGACUCGCAUGGUUCGGAGACAAACACGCAAACAUACUACAACGUACGCGCGAAUAAGAACACCAAAAGUGGGGCCCUGAAACAUUACUAGGCCCAGUGGAUCCCACAAUGGCUCAAGUUUUGUAGGUCCCAUUUUUUGCUUUCUUUCUCCUACAUAAAUCAACUCGCAGGACUUGAAAUAAAAACACACAAGUUCAUAUCAUUUAUUUCUUCUCUCCCUUAAUACCAAAUUCAUCUUUGAUUCAAGUACUUCACCUUCAGUCUCUAAUUUUCUAAUAUGGUGAGUUUUGUCAUGGAGAAACCAAACAGGAUGUCAGAGAGUCAAAACGUUGUCGUCUCAGAGGCGGCAAGGUCUAUCAUCCCCAACAACUCUUCGGCUCCUCCUGGUUUCAUCUCAAUCUCCAAGAAAAAGCUUCUCAAGAACCUAGAAAUCAUCAAUGAUGGCGAAAGAAUCAACGCUUGGGUAGAUUCAAUGCGAGCUUCUUCUCCUACUCAUCCAAAAUCACUCCCUUCUUCCAUCUCCUCAGAGCAACAACUCAGUUCAUGGAUCAUGCAGCAUCCUUCUGCAUUAGAAAUGUUUGAGAAAAUCACAGAAGCUUCGGGAGGGAAACAAAUCGUAAUAUUUCUAGAUUAUGACGGUACUCUCUCUCCCAUCGUUGAUGAUCCAGACAGAGCUUUCAUGUCAAGCAAGAUGAGAAGAACAGUAAAAAAACUGGCUAAGUGUUUUCCAACUGCUAUAGUUACUGGUAGAUGCCUAGACAAGGUGUAUAGCUUUGUCAAGCUAGCUGAGCUGUAUUAUGCUGGCAGCCAUGGCAUGGACAUUAAAGGGCCGGCAAAAGGCUUCUCCAGACACAAGAGGGUUAAACAGUCUCUUCUGUACCAACCAGCCAGUGAUUAUCUUCCCAUGAUCGAUGAAGUCUAUAGACAACUUUUGGAGAAAACCAAAUCAACUCCUGGAGUCAUAGUAGAAAACAACAAGUUCUGUGCUUCUGUGCAUUUUCGUUGCGUCGAUGAGAAGAAAUGGAGCGAACUGGUUCUACAGGUUCGGUCGGUAUUAAAGGAAUACCCUAGGCUUAAACUGAACCAAGGUCGAAAGGUUUUCGAAAUACGUCCUAUGAUUGAAUGGGAUAAAGGAAAAGCUCUUGAGUUCUUGUUAGAGUCACUUGGGUUUGGAAACUCUAACAACGUUUUCCCAGUUUACAUCGGUGAUGACCGGACCGACGAAGAUGCAUUUAAGCUGCUACGAGACAGAGGUGAAGGCUGUGGCGUUCUUGUCUCCAAAUUCCCCAAAGAUACGGAUGCUUCAUAUUAUUUGCAAGAUCCGUCCGAGGCAAGUGAUGAAUUUCUUGCAACGAUUGGUGGCGUGGAAACAAAUGCAGCCAAGAGUGUGAAGAGGAUGAAUGUAUAAUAAAUGAGCUAGUGACGAUGUUCGAAAUAGUUAAUGCCAACCAAUAUGUAAAUGGCUAACCUUUUUCUGAACAUUACAAACCUUUCUUAGAACGUCGUAUAAGGAUAUGCCAAGGUCUUAAUAUCCCCCUUUGGUCAAUUUCUUGCUAAAAUAAGAUGAACGAGAAAAAGGGUCGCAAAUUGUUUCGAGUAGCUAGUUCUAAUAAGUUGUAAUUAUCUUCGUAAAUGUAGUGUAUAUAUAUAUAUGUUUGAUGUAUCAGAUUUAAUUUGUCUCACUUUUCGUACUUGUCUACUGACACAUUGACACAGGCUCGUGGGGUCCAAGUGAAAUUAAAUUAGUAUAGACAAUAAACUAACCGAAUUAACCCGGAUCGAACCAAGAAUUAGCACUUGUAUUCUUGCUCGUUGUAGCAAAGACAAACUCUGGAAACUAGGAGGUCUUGUUUUGCUUUUAUUGUUGCUUUCCUCUUCGUGCGUGUCCUUUGGCCCUCAUUACGAACGCUCGAUAAGGUUUUUGUUUGCUGGUACAGAAAAAAAUAUUAUAUAGUAUUGUAGCAGACUAUAGUUGGUUGAAAUCAUUACUAAUACGUGAUACUGUUACACUUUUUCAAAAAACAUUCUGGAUGAGGAUUUUCUAUUUUCAUAUUCCUAUGUACUCCCUCCAUUCCUAAAAGAUGUAUGUUCUGGAAAAAAAAUUUGUUUCAAAAAGAUACAUUUUUUACCUUUUCAAUGUAUGAUUUUAUGAAAAAUUGUAAGUUUCAAAAAAAUUAAUGGUGUUUAUUGGAUUUAUAUUGGCUAAAAGUUAUGGAAAAUUGUUAUUCACAAAAAAACAAUGCACAAUUAAAGAGUUUUUUUAAUAUAUGUGAAAAGUCUAGAAUAUGAAUCUUUUAAAAACAGAGGGAGUAUUGAUUAAGCACUUUUAGAUGGGCAACAUGUAAUUUUCAUAUUUUAGAGGAAUUGUUAUGUGUGUAAAUGUUAAGAUAUUUUGGAGAAUUCUGUUCUAUAUGCCCUUUCUUAUGAUCCGUAAUUCCGAAUGACGUGCCCACCGUUGUGAGAAAAAGGCACAAGCCUCAGACCCUUUAAUUUUCGAUCAAAAUAUAAGGCUCCACUUAUGCGUAUAAUACAUUAGUUUGUGUGGUAUGAUGAUUUAUAUGUACAAUACAUUACAUUAGUUUGCAAGUGUUACUUGCAGAGACAUAUAUAGAGUUUGAUUUGUCAUAUAUAUUUUCUCUACAUUUUUAGCUUGGGCUCUUUUGUUUUUAGAAUUUUAAUUAUAAAUAGUUCUUUUAGCUGUUGUAAUUUUCUUAUAAACAUACCAUUUUCAUGAAAGAGACCUUUUAAAAAAGAUUAUCUAAGGUGUGUUGUAAAUUUUUUUUUUGCCUUAGACCGUAUGCAGCAUUAUGUGAAACAUGAACCUCUCAUCUCAUGUUCUUUAAUAUAUUAACUAGAUUUUCACCCGCGCAACCGCACGGGUAUUUGUUUUCAUUUAUAUAUAUGUAUAGUUUUUUUUUUAUAUCAUUAAUCGUAAAAUAUUCUAAAUAUUAACCAUAUGUUUUGAUCACUAUUUUCCAACAGGUAAAUUUCGGUGCACAUGUUGAAUGUGAGACUUCUUCCUGGAACACUGUAUUUUAUACACUUUAUAAACGAAAUUGAAACAAUUGAACUAAUAUAUGUAAAUUUUGGUAUUGAAAAAUAUGUAAAUAGAUCGUUAGUUUACUUUCAGUAUCGCCUGUUUCUCCACUGUAAAUGAUAUGUUGUUCCAUGAGUAAAACAACUUAAUUUGAACAGGCUAGCAACUCUUAUCCGGGUUAGCAUCUUUAAGCAAACUUACAUUCUUAUUGGAAGAGAUGGCUCGAAGUAAGCUUAGGUGAUAGUCGAUUUUUCUAUUCAAUGAUUUCAUAUUUUUAGGUGGUCGACUAUUUUAGAGUUUAUUUAGAAAAUAUACUUUUAAUAACUAACUAAGAUUUUCGUUAACAAUCGAAAUAGUAUUUUGAAAUUGUCAUGGUAGUUAUAAUACAACUCGUAUCUUAAACUAAAGAGAUAAUAGGUUGGGGUUGUUAUGGAAAACCUAAUUGAAUACAUGUUUUAAAAAAAAUAUGAAAAAUAUGAAAAAUAUGAAUUUUUCUUGUAGGAAAAAUAUGAAAAAAUAAAAAUAUGAAAAAUAUGAAUAUUUCUUGUAGGAAUAUCUUUUUAGUAAAAAAAAUCAAUUCACAUAUUUAACAAAAGCGAUAAUAUGUUGGAGUUGUUUAUAUUGUACUCAUGUUUUCUGUUUUUUUUUUAAAAACUAAAUAUGUAAACAAAAUUUGAAUCAAUCUUUAAGAGAUAAUCAAUUAUGUUAAUCAAUACUGUAGUUUAUAUAUAUUUUAAAUGAUAGAUCACAUUCUUUUUGGGUGAUUUUUAGGCUGGGUACAAUAUCUUAACUUUUGAAAAUUUUAAUGAAAAAGUAAUGCCUUAGGUACAUUAAUUAAAUUUUUAUAUUGUUAAAUUGUUAAUCAAAUCAAUUAUCAUGUUAUUUUACACAAGUUCAAGAUCUAUAUUAUCAUCGGUUCACUCUACCACUGUAGAUCUAUAUUGUUAUGUAUUAGAAUAUUUGUAUAAUGUAAUCUAUUUUUAAAUGAAUUAUAUGUUCACUUUAAUUUAUUUUGUUUAUUCAUCUAACAUGUUUGGUUUGACUUUUUUCAGGUUAUCAUUUCUACCGAUUUGUUUAUAUAUCUGAACCUCAAAGAAUUUUAUAAUGUAUGGUUUAUGUAAACAUUAAUAAGAAAAAAAAGUCUCCAGUAGGUUUGAUAAAUAAUAAAGCUCAAAAUAAUAUGGUAAAUGAGUGAACCGAGUUGUAUAUCAAUCAUAAAUGUUAUCGACAAGUAGAGUGAACCGACUUGGUCAGAUUUUAUCAUAAUGGUUAAUAUCGUAAUUAAAUUUAAACCGGUAGUUUAGGAAAUAAUAUUAUUGGCACCAUGUUAAAUUUUAAUUAAUGGUGGUUGACUUACUCACACUUCGAUUUUAAGGUAAGAGUAGUCAACAAUGUUUAGGCGUUAGUGCUGGAGUAAUAAAUGUUAUGUUAAUAAAUGAUUUUUUAGAUAGAGUCCAUUUUUUAAAAAAUUACACAUGAAUCAAAGUUGUGACUUCUGUUUUAAUAUAUAAGAUCGCAUUAAGUAAUAGCCACGAUAUAUAGAAUAGUGUAUCUCGUUUCUACUAGAAGUUUGACAUUUUUAGUGUAUUUUUGAUAAGACAAACCUAUUAAAUUUCCUUUGCCUUCUUGCUCCAAUUGUCCGCAUGAUAUUCAUCCAUAAAACUAUAAAAGAGUUAGGCAAACUAAUCCACAAAUAGAUAAGUUGUACAUGUCAAGCCUAAUCUCUGACUUCCCUAUAUGUUACUUUUCUCUUUAUACUCGAAUUAGUAGUUAAGUCUUUUGGAAUCUGGCAGUGGGAAUGGCGUAUAGACAUUAAUACACAUAUUAUGUGUGUAUAUAUAUAUGAAUGGCUAUGGCAUCAGGUGCAUGCACGCAGUUUCUGUGAAAGCUGAGAUUUGUAUUGAGAGUCAUGACUAUACGUAUAGUGUCAUAGCAAAUCAAUAGUGGAUGGCCAUUAUGGUCAAAGCUUUUUGUCUAUAGCUUUUGUGUGUAUAAUGCGAGUAACUAUCACAAUAAGGCUGCAUAUCUGUUUUCAAGCCCAUCUGAUGUAGACAUUUCACAAAUUCACAAUAUUUAUUUUCUCUAUAUGUAUUCUCAUUGUUAUCGUCCUAGAAUUAUUAUUUUUAACUCUAGAAACCGAUAAAUUUUAUAUUUAGAUAUUUAAUCAUACAUGAACCAUAUACCAUAUUUACGAGGAAAUGAUUAUAGGAUGAACUAGAAAGCCAUCACCGUUUCAUAUAUUUGUAAAGAUAAAAUUUUAUAAGCUUUUAAUAUAUCAAAUAUAAACAGGGUGUAGUUAUUCAACACAAUAUUAGAAUCAAACUUUUAAGUUAUAAUUCUAAUUAACAUGGCGAUGUGAAGAGUUAGAAUUGGCCAAGUUGGAUACCACUUAUAAGAUCGUAUGAUAAUGUUAAAAGUAUGCUAUUAAAACAAAAAAAAUAGAGACAAAACAAAUCUAAAAUGGCAAAAGAAAGAAGAGAACAAAGCCAAACACAUGGUGAGGAAGGAAACAAAGACAAUAAAACAUUUCCAAAGUGUUGUAAGUUGUAACUACACUCACUUCCUCACUUUAUCUGAACGUGGAAAGAUGGAUUCCACUCUUUGCUUUCCCUUCAGUCCCUUUCAUUGGCUGACACUUAGCUCUCUAGGCUAACAUUAAUUAGCUGUUAGCUUAAUAAAAUUAUUCGAUUAAGCCUUCAAAUCGCAAUUAUUGGUGAUUAGCGAGUCUCUUCACACCACAAAUCUCAUAUUUUAUGUAUAAUGUAUUAUUAACCACGUUAAACGAGAUGCUUCUUCUAGAGUUUUGUAUAUAUACAAAUGGUUUAAUUAAAAGGGAAUCAAAUUUUAAAUCAACUGCAAAAGGUUUAUAUUCGUCCACAACAUUGGAAUUUUAUAUAUCCGAAUAUCAAUGGUGUGAAUCUUGGCGAUAGAUUCACGUGGAGCUCAGAUUCAAUGUCGAUUUAUUGAUAUAGAGGUCCAUGUAGACUCUGUUAAGCUAGAUGGUUUUCCAACCUAAAACCAAUUGGUGCUAAGUGGAGUGACUCAUCUAUCUUAUACUCCCUAUGUUUCAUAAUACUUGAUGUUUUGUAAUAGUGCACAAAGUUUAAGAAAAUUAUAUUUCUCUAGAAAAAUAUUUUAAAGAUAUAAUUUUAAAAUCAGUUAACCAAUUAUAAAAAAGACUGUAAAAUCUAAUUGGUUGAACAGUUUCCAAUAAAGUUAAAGUUAACUUUAAAAUCUCAAAACUUCCUUAAAAUCUCAAAACUUCAUGUAAAUUGAAACAAAACAAACCUU